UGAGGCGCUUAUGGGGGUGGCGGGGCUGCUCUAGGAGCGGGGGCCUAGCGAGCGCCCUAAGGAGCGACCCUGGUCUGGCCGUGGUCAGCAUGGCCCCUACGCUGUUCCAGAAGCUCUUCAGCAAGAGGAGCGGGCUGGGCGCGGCCGGUCGGGACGCGCGGGACCCAGACUGCGCGUUCAGUUGGCCUUUGCCAGAGUUUGAUCCAAGCCAAAUUCGACUGAUUGUAUAUCAAGACUGUGAAAGACGAGGAAGAAAUGUCUUGUUUGACUCCAGUGUUAAGAGAAAAAAUGAGGACAUAUCAGUAUCGAAACUCUGUAGUGAUGCUCAAGUAAAAGUCUUUGGGAAAUGCUGCCAACUGAAACCUGGAGGAGACAGUUCUUCCUCACUGGAUAGUUCUAUGACUUCAUCUUCUGAUGUAAAAGACCAGUGUUCUAAGUACCAAGGUUCUCGGUGCUCUUCUGAUGCCAAUAUGCUUGGAGAGAUGAUGUUUGGCUCAGUAGCAAUGAGCUAUAAAGGGUCUACCUUAAAAAUUCAUCAGAUCCGUUCCCCUCCACAACUCAUGCUCAGCAAAGUUUUUACUGCACGGACCGGCAGCAGUAUCUGUGGAAGUCUCAAUACGCUGCAAGACAGUCUUGAAUUCAUCAAUCAGGACAACAGUACGUUAAAGGCUGAUUGUAAUAACACAGUUAUGAAUGGACUACUUGGAAAUAUAGGUCUUUCACAGUUCUGCAGCCCCAGGCGGGCAUUCUCUGAACAGGGUCCGCUCCGCCUGAUCAGGAGCGCCUCUUUCUUUGCAGUUCACAGCAACCCAAUGGACAUGCCUGGAAGAGAGCUGAAUGAAGACAGAGACAGUGGCAUAGCACGCUCUGCAUCUCUCAGCAGCUUGCUUAUUACACCAUUUCCCUCUCCAAACUCUUCACUUACCCGGAGUUGUGCCAGCAGUUACCAGCGACGUUGGCGACGCAGCCAAACAACAAGUUUGGAGAAUGGGGUAUUUCCUAGAUGGUCUAUAGAAGAAAGCUUUAAUCUGUCAGAUGAAAGCUGUGGCCCUAAUCCAGGAAUUGUGAGGAAAAAGAAGAUUGCAAUUGGGGUAAUCUUUUCAUUAUCCAAAGAUGAAGAUGAAAAUAACAAAUUUAAUGAAUUCUUUUUUUCACAUUUUCCUCUCUUUGAAAGCCACAUGAACAAACUAAAGAGUGCAAUAGAACAGGCUAUGAAAAUGAGCCGGAGAUCAGCAGAUGCCAGUCAGAGGAGUUUGGCAUAUAAUCGAAUAGUUGAUGCCCUAAAUGAAUUCAGAACAACAAUUUGUAAUCUUUAUACAAUGCCACGAAUUGGAGAGCCUGUCUGGCUUACAAUGAUGUCGGGGACUCCAGAAAAGAACCAGCUUUGCCAUCGUUUCAUGAAGGAGUUCACUUUUCUAAUGGAAAAUGCUUCCAAAAAUCAAUUCUUACCAGCACUCAUCACUGCAGUUCUGACCAAUCAUCUUGCCUGGGUUCCAACGGUCAUGCCAAAUGGACAACCACCUAUAAAAAUAUUUUUAGAAAAACAUUCCUCUCAGAGUGUGGACAUGUUGGCAAAAACUCAUCCAUAUAACCCACUUUGGGCACAACUAGGGGACUUGUAUGGCGCUAUUGGUUCUCCUGUACGGUUAGCGAGGACUGUGGUGGUUGGCAAACGACAAGACAUGGUCCAGAGGCUGCUUUAUUUUCUUACUUAUUUUAUAAGAUGCUCUGAACUUCAAGAAACCCAUCUUUUAGAAAAUGGAGAAGAUGAAGCCAUUGUUAUGCCAGGCACAGUAAUUACUACCACUUUAGAGAAAGGUGAAAUAGAAGAAUCUGAGUAUGUGCUUAUCACAGUGCAUAGAAACAAAAGCAGUUUGCUCUUUAAAGACCCAGAAGAAACAAGGACUCCUAAUUGUAGCUGUAAAUAUUGCAGUCGUCCACUCCUUGGGCAAAAUAUAGAGAAUGUUUCACAACAAGAGAGAGAAGAUAUUCAAAACAGCUCUAAGGAGCUGCUAGGAAUUUCAGAUGAGUGUCAAAUGAUUUCUCCCUCUGACUGCCAAGAAGAAAAUGCUGUUGAUGUUAAACAGUUCAGAGAUAAAUUAAGAACUUGCCUUGACACCAAGUUAGAGACCGUUGUUUGCACAGGAUCUGCUCCAGGAGACAAAUGUGCCUUGUCAAAAUCAGGCUUAGAGCCAGCAGAGGAAACAUGGCAUAAUGAGGAAUUGCUGGGUUCAGGUAAUCACACAGGCAAAGUGUUGAGAUCCACAGGAAUGGUUGUGGAAAAAAAACCUCCAGAUAAGCUUUUGACUGCUGCAUUUUCUUGUGAAGCAUCACAGACAAAGGUUACCUUCUUGAUUGGAGAUUCUAUGUCCCCUGACUCAGAUACUGAACUCAGGAGUCAGGCAGUGGUGGAUCAGAUUACCAGGCACCACACCAAACCACUGAAGGAAGAAGGAGGGGCUAUUGAUCAGCAGCAUCAAGAAACUAAACAAACAACUAAGGACCAAUGCGGCGAGUCUGAUAUACCAAACAUGGUUUCUGGAGAAACCUGUGAACCUCCCUGUUGGAAUCAUUCAGACCCAGAAAGCAUGAGCUUAUUUGAUGAAUAUUUUAAUGAUGAUUCAAUUGAAACCAGGACUAUUGAUGAUAUUAUUGCAGUUAAAACAAGUACAGACAGUAAAGAACAUUGCUGUAUGUUAGAAUUUUCAAAAGGAUUGUGUACAAAAAAUAGCAAACAGAACAGUGAAUUUUGUAAAUGUGUAGAAACAGUUCACCAGGAUUCAUGUAAAACCUGCUUUCCUCAGCAGGACCAAAGAGAUGCACUCUCCAUUCUUGUCCCCCAUGGGGAUAAAGAGAGUUCAGAGAAAAAAAUUGCUGUAGGAACUGAAUGGGACAUUCCACGAAAUGAAAGUUCAGAUAGUGCCCUUGGGGACAGUGAAAGUGAAGAUACAGGUCAUGAUAUGACUAGACAAGUAAGCAGUUACUAUGGUGGAGAGCAAGAAGAUUGGGCAGAAGAAGAUGAGAUACCUUUUCCUGGGUCAAAAUUAAUCGAAGUGAGUGCUGUUCAGCCCAACAUUGCCAACUUUGGGAGGUCCUUGUUGGGUGGCUACUGCUCAUCUUAUGUGCCUGACUUUGUCCUUCAAGGAAUUGGGAAUGAUGAUAGGCUCCGUCAGUGUCUGGUAUCAGAUUUGUCUCAUGCUGUGCAGCAUCCAGUGUUGGAUGAACCAAUAGCAGAAGCUGUCUGCAUUAUAGCAGAUAUGGAUAAAUGGACUGUUCAAGUGGCCAGUAGCCAGAGACGAAUGACAGAUAAUAAAUUGGGAAAGGAAGUCUUGGUUUCCAGUCUUGUGUCCAACCUGCUUCAUUCCACUCUUCAGCUUUAUAAACAUAACUUGUCUCCAAAUUUUUGUGUAAUGCAUCUUGAAGACCGAUUACAGGAGUUAUACUUCAAAAGCAAAAUGCUGUCUGAGUACCUGAGGGGACAGAUGCGUGUUCACGUCAAGGAGCUAGGAGUGGUUCUAGGGAUUGAAUCCAGUGAUCUUCCUCUUCUGGCUGCUGUAGCAAGCACUCACUCUCCAUAUGUUGCUCAGAUACUCCUUUAAUAUAAAGGCUGUUAGAAAUUAACUUUGGUAGAAAGUUAAACAGAAACCAAGGAAGUAGUUGCAACAUUCAUUUAUGGCAGUGUUUUUCCCUGUUAGUCUUCGAUCUGAAUGAGUCAAAUGCCUGGGUAUUCUGUGUUGCAGUACAUAUUGUGUGAUCAUUGGAUUGCUUUUUCCUUUUGGUUGGACUUUUGGGGGGUGGUAUACUUUUAACCAAGUGAAACUAAAACAGCAUAAAUAAUUUUGAGGGAAAGCAUUUGAAAAAGCCAAAGUGUAGAAAUUUCUAAGUGAGUAACAUCAAGGAAUUUCAUAUGAUCACUCCCGUGUUGCCAUACUCAUAAAUAGCAAUGGAUGUCUCACGAUUAAAUGGCUCAGCAAUAGUCAUUUCAUUAGUUUUAAUUCCUUAUUUCUAAGGUAUGGAUAGAUCUAUAAAAGCUUGAUUAUUUGUUCUUUUGUUUUUCAAUUCAAAAUAGUAAUUUUGGGGUAUUUCUUGAAGUAUUUUAAACAGCCUGUUAGUUAUAGUAAAUCCAGGAUAAUGAGUGUAAAUGUGUGUAUGUUAUCCACCCAAGUGUACAUAUGUAUCUAUUUUUUAAAAAAGGAGUGGUAGAAAUACAAGAUUGAUUGGUAAACAUACCUUUUUUUAAAAUAUUUUCAACUAGUAAAAAUUGUAAAUAGUGUUUAAAUGUUACUCUCUGGUGAAUUUUCUGUUCACACACCCUAAAAUAUAACUAAAACCAAUCUUUUUUUAAGGCUGAGGAAUGUAGAUUCCCAAAAUAAGAAUACUACUUUAUACCAUUUGUUUUGUUUAUAAGUAUAAGCUAAUUCUUAAAAAUGUUAAUAUUUACAUAUUUGCAUCUAAUUUAAUAAAUGAAAAUUAGGAUUAAAAAUUACACCAAAGCAUUGGGAAAAAUAAUACUAUUUUCUUUAAAAGUGCUCAGGUAGCCAAGGCCUUUGCUUUCACUAUCAGCCCUUCUUGAACCCACAGGAACUGAAUAUUUGUUUCACUGCUUCAUAAUAUUCAGUUUACACUAAUAGAGCUCAUUUUACCUCUUAAAAUUAUUCUCUUUUCUCUAACAGCCCUUCCCUUCCAAAACCUAAUUUUUUUUCAAAUACUUUCACUUUUCAGUUGUUAAUGUUUUUGUAUAUAUUGUCGAGUGUUGCUUAUGAGAAAGGCUAAUAUGGAACCAAACUCUUGUAAGUAAUGUAAAUAGAAAGAUGGGUAGAUAAAGUUUUCAAUAUGCUCUACUACCUCAGUUUACUUGAAUACUACAUUAUAGUUUAUUCUUUACUUAUCUGAUCUAAGAUACUUUUAAUGCUAGACGUGAAAUUGGUUUCUGCUUUCAUGGACUAUUUUCAUCGUAAUUAAUUGAUUAGCUUAAAAGCCCACUUGUUUAUUCUCUUACUAAGUAUAAUUACUGUAUAAUACAUUCAUUCUUGCUGUUUGAAUUUUUAGUAAUUAAGGAAAAUUUCUGUGGUUUGUUUAGUCUUUGGCCUUGAAUUUAUAGUGUUGGGUCACAUUUUGCCUUGUUCUUUAUGUAUUCAAGAAAUCUCCAACUAGACAAGAAAUGGUUGUUUUGAUGGAGUGUAAACCUGAAAUCGUGCCUGCAAUCACUUUUGCCCCUGCGUCCUAUCAGCUGGUCCCAGUUAGUACCUGAGUCUCCUGUGGAUGACUUGCUGCCAAAGAGUAUUUAUGGAUGUUUUCUUUGGCUUAAUUUUCUUUUCAUUAUUGAAAUUCUUCCCUCUUUUAUUGUUUGGAAUUCUAUGAAUCAGUCUCUUUGGCAGAAUUCAGAAUAUAGACAGAUUAGUAGGUGGGCCAUUGUACAUUAUUUUUUGACUGUAGUUGAGAAUGGUAUGUACCAGGUAGAUAAUGUCUGUUUUUGCUUGUUCCUUUUUUUUAAUUAAUCGUCAAACUAUUUGAAGUCUUGUUUGAAAUCUCUGUCAUUUAGGAAAUCUAGUCUUCAAUAAAUGGAUGGCCCAUGCUACCGUUACUUUUAAAAGUAAGCUUACGGGGGCGCCUGGGUGGCUCAGUUGGUUGUCUGCCUUCGGCUCAGGUCAUGAUCCUGGGGUCCUGCCUGCUUCUCCCUCUCCUCUCCACUCAUGCUCUCUCUCUCUCUCUCAAAUAAAUAAAAUCUUCAAAAAAAUAAUAAAACUAAGAUUUGCUCAGAAGGAAGAGGCCUAUAGUUUCUUAUAGAAUCAUUAAUCCUUAUAGGAUUCCUGAGUUUUAUAAUUCCUAACCCUCUGUAAUUUCUACUACCUUCAUCAUAGUCUUGUUUUUCCUUACACAAAGCCCAAGGAAUGAGCUGCUACUUCUUUAAAGUGUGAUCAUUAUGAUGAAUGUGAAAAGUUUUGGCCUGUUCAAAAUAAUUUUUUCAACUUCCUAUGGUACAAAUAUGUGUUACAUAUUUUAAAAACCUGUUUGUUUCAACAGGAAAUAAAAAAAACUUGCAACAGGAAAUGAAAAAGGGAUCUUUUACAUUAUAGAUUUAAAACUAAUUUUUCCUUGUAUAUAAACUAAUUGGUUUGAUUUGAAAUAUUACUGGCUUUUAUUAAUAUGUCUUAAUAUUGAGUUUGAAAAUGUUAAGUGCAAUAAACAUACUAGCACAGAUUUUAUUUUGUUGCAAUUGGCAUACACUGGGGAUGAUCACUUUAAAAAAAAAGAUUUUACACAAUGCCUACUUCUGGUGGAUGUCUUAUGAGAUUGUUCUGCUUUCUCUAAGUUAUUUAGAUGGUGGGAUAUGUAAAAUGUAUAUACUUGUUCCUUGUUCUGUAUACAUUUCUCAAAUGUACACCUGUAUUAUAAUAACCUCCCAGUUCUAGGGGAAAUUUGUGCAAUAAAUACACGUCAAUUUGAUGGACGAUGUUGGUCUUUAUUUCAUGUGUAAAUAAGGUAUAUGUAAUAUGGACUCUGGUGUCUGCUCACUUGUAUUCUUUUCAC